ACAAAUGUAGCACUGGUUGCACCAUUGCUACGUCUGGAGAACAAUCACUGCCAUAUUGAGGAGAGUGAGCAUGUACUAAAGAAGGCACACAAGUACAGUGAGCUCAUAAUACUCUAUGAGAAGAAAGGUCUGCAUGAGAAAGCAUUACAGGUGCUGGUGGAUCAGUCAAAGAAGGCCAACUCGCCUUUGAAGGGUCAUGAGAGGACAGUGCAAUAUCUGCAGCAUUUGGGCACAGAGAACUUGCACUUGGUAUUCUCCUACUCUGUCUGGGUGCUAAGAGAUUUUCCUGAAGAUGGUCUUAAGAUAUUUACAGAAGACCUCCCUGAAGUGGAAGCUUUGCCACGAGACAAAGUGCUCAGUUUCUUGAUAGAAAAUUUUAAAAGCUUGACUAUCCCUUAUCUGGAACACAUAAUUCAUGUCUGGGAGGAAACUGGUGCGGAGUUUCACAACUGUCUAAUCCAGCUGUACUGUGAGAAAGUGCAGGGUUUAAUGAAAGAAUAUCUCAGUUCGUUCCCUGCAGAUAAAACUCCAGUACCUGCUGGGGAGGAAGGAGGAGACUUGGGGGAUUACCGGAAAAAACUUCUGCUUUUUCUGGAGAAGUCUAGCUGCUAUGAGCCUAGUCGACUAAUUAGUGACUUCCCCUUUGAUGGUCUCCUAGAAGAACGUGCUUUGCUCUUGGGUCGUAUGGGGAAGCAUGAGCAAGCUCUGUUUAUUUAUGUUCAUAUUUUGAAGGACACCAACAUGGCUGAAAACUACUGCCAUAAACAUUAUGACAGAAACAAAGAUGGCAACAAAGAUGUCUAUCUGUCACUUCUCCGGAUGUAUCUCUCCCCACCUAGUGUUCAUUGCCUGGGACCAAUCAAAAUGGAAGUGCUGGAGCCUCAAGCCAAUCUGCAGGCUGCUCUGCAGGUUUUAGAACUACAUCACAGCAAACUGGAUACCACCAAGGCGAUAAACCUACUUCCAGCAAAUACACAGAUAAGUGAGAUUAGAAUCUUCCUAGAGAAAGUCCUUGAAGAAAAUGCUCAGAAGAAAAGAUUUAAUCAAGUACUCAAGAAUCUUCUCCAUGCAGAGUUUCUGAGG